AUGGGCUUGGCCUUGCUCCCAUGCUCGGUCUCAAACAAUGAGAAUGUACGGGGUCACAAAAAAGCUCAGGAACGUAGACAAGGACUUAGCCUGGGCUGGGUCAACCUCGCGAGCUGGAACGAUCUCGAGGAGAUGAUCGGGGAUGAGCCCAAGCACGUGAGCAACAUCUCGUUCAUGUUGAUGAAUGAGGGCUUGCGCAUGGUCGUGACCGCAUACCCGCACAUUCCCUUGUUCCUGGAUACCAUCGAGAACAUCGACGCGGACAACCCUGGCUCCGCGGUGGCGAUCGUACUCUCGCAGUCGAACGUGUUAUGGAAGAGGCCUGUCGAGGAAGAGGUGGUGACGUUAGCAUCACCGUCAGGGACGCGUAACCGUCCAUGA